CACCAACCCACACACGCACCACUCACCUCACCAGCAACCUCAGACAGAGGCCGGAAACUCAGGCGGAAGAAAAACAAGUCUUCGGUUCUUCGUUCAAACAGCAAAUGGAGAAGGCAGGACACGAGCAUGUGAUCGGCAUCCCGGUGAGCAGCACUGCUAUCGGCAUCGAGGAGCCCGAGUUCACCGGCGAUGAUGCAAAGUAUUUGACGAACACGCGUGCCGGUGGGAAAUCGAGCCGCAGGACCGGAGACAAGUUCGCUCGUGGCAUCAAAGAACAUGUGAUUCUCGGCCCAAAGCUGUACGAGACCGUGAGGGGAAAGCUGUCGCUGGGCGCCAGAAUCCUCCAGGCCGGCGGCGUGGAGAAAGUCUUCCAGCGGUGGUUCUCGGUCGAGAAGGGCGAGAAGCUCCUCAAGGCCUCGCACUGCUACCUGUCCACCACCGCCGGCCCGAUCGCCGGGAUGCUCUUCGUAUCCACGGAGAAGGUGGCCUUCCGCAGCGACCGGUCACUGGCGCUGACCUCGCCCAAGGGCGACACAGUGCGGGUGCCGUACAAGGUGGCCGUCCCGCUGAGGAGGGUGAAGGCGGCCAGGCCGAGCGAGAACCAGCACCGGCCGGAGCAGAAGUACGUCCAGCUGGUGACCGACGACGGCUUCGAGUUCUGGUUCAUGGGCUUCGUCAGCUACCAGGCGUCCCUGCAGCACCUCGAGCAGGCCAUCAGCGCGGCUGGGGGUGGGAUGAAGGUGCAGUCGUCGCGGGCCGCGGGUACCGGGAGCGGGACGCGCUUGCGGCCUACCGCGGCGUGAACGCUACGCGAGCGCAUGACGACGCCGAUCACUGUCUGACUUACAACACGAGUAGCAAGCGUGAUUUGGGAGACCUCGUCGGCCUCGGCGACUUAGGCGCAGCGUAACAUCGCCGCCGGGAGCUCAGCAAGGUGUGAGGACGGGCGCUCGCCCGAAUCAACGCCGCAGGAGGCCGAGGUUGUCGAGCUGGUGGCUUACGCCACCUCCCUAUACGUGAGCCGCUGGUGGGGAACGACGAACCGCGCGAGCAUGGGCAUGGCCGUGAAGAGGCCCCGAGCAGGGCAAGUGGGCAACGAGCCUUGCUGCGGGGGCCCUCUAAUGGCUUAUCAAUGGGCGUCGUCAUGGAUUGGUAGGUGAUGGAAGCCUGCAACCGAUGUGAAUGGAAUGGCACACCAAGAAUGUCGGUUCCGUUGACUUGUUUGGUUCGGGAUAUCGAAUUAAAUGGUUACACUUAAGUAGCAUUUGGUUUGACAAAUAGAAUGAAAUGAAUUUAGUUCAACUCACCUCUUGCAUAGAAACGGUGAGGUUGCCUCUCAUAUGCAUAUAUACAAUAUGAACAAAGUACAAAAUCUUUGUAUUUCUAGAAACAUA